AUGGCUGACUUUGGCCCACGUGCUCCUCAUGGGCCCGAUAUGACGGGAACCCAUGACCCUUUGGAGGACAUGGAUGUUCAUGAGAAGGGCGCCUUCGAUGCUCUCAUUCGUCCGGAUGACAGCUACACUCCGGAUGGUGUCUACUGGGCGGAUCUUCCCCUGGUGAAGAAGAUCAAGUUCGUUGGUUCCUACGAUGCCAAGGAAGCCAAGCGUGAGCUCAAGGGCAUCUGGGAUAUGACCAAGAAGGACCCUCUGUCACCUGUGGCUUACUAUUUCCGGAACAUGGUGCUUCCUGGUGCUGGUCUUGGUCUGGAGGGUUAUGUGCUCUUUUCGAUCGGAAACGUCAAGCCACUUUUCCAAGCCGCCUUCAAGUCGUGUUGGAAGGACCACAAGAUUUGCAACCCUCAAUGGAUCAACGCCGUUGAGUACCUGGAGAUUGUCGGUAUCAUUGUUGGUCAGGUUCUCGUCGGAGUUCUCGGUGACUGGAUUGGCCGUCGCUGGGGUCUUAUUCAAGAUGCCGCUAUUAUGCUUCUCGGUCUGGUUAUGCUCGUCGCCGCCUGGGGUGUUAACCAGAAUGGCUGGGUAAUCUGCUAUGCUUGGUCUCUGUUCAUCUACGGUAUUGGUGUUGGUGGCGAGUACCCAAUGACUGCCACCAGCGGUAUGGAAAAUGCCGUUGGUUCUGGAAAAGUUUCCACCAAGGAGGAUCGUCUGCACCGUGGUCGCAAGGUCACCAGUGCUUUCUUGAUGCAGGGUUGGGGUCAGUUCUUCAACCAGGUCAUCCUCAUUAUCUUGCUACUCUGCUUCCAUCAUGGAAGUGGCAAUCCUCCCUACUCUAGCGUCGCCGCGCAGUGGACUUACCGUAUUUCUUUCGCUAUCCCUGCUGUUGGCACACUGUGGCUCGUCUACUACCGUACCUACCACAUGAAGGCGGCUAGCAAGCAGCUCGCGGCCGCUAAGAAGAAGGCUUCGGUUACCGGCUACGAUGUAACCUCUCUGAAGCUGGCCUUCAGUCACUUUGGUUUCCGUAUCGUGGCUACCGCUGGUGGAUGGUUCGCCAACGAUGUCUUCUUCUACGGUAACAAGCUCUUCCAGAGUGAGUUCAUCAAGGUGAUCAGCCCCGAGACUACAUCGAUUAUGCCCACCUGGCUCUGGAAUCUGGUCAACGUCGGCGUGUCGCUGGUUGGUUACUAUCUUGCCUCCUUCCUUAUCGACAACAAGCUCUACGGGCGUAAAUGGAUGCAAAUCGUCGGUUUCAUGAUGGAUUUCAUUCUCUUCAUCGUUCCCGCUUUCCAUUUCCAAUACUACAGAGAGCCGGCGCACAUCAAGGCCUUCCAGGCCAUGUACUUCCUCAGUUCCUUCUUCAACCAGUUCGGUCCCAACUCGGUCACCUUCUUGGUUGCUGCGGAGGUUUUCCCUACACCAAUUCGUGCCACAGCUCACGGCCUGUCUGCUGCCGCCGGUAAGCUGGGUGCUCUGUUGGCAUCCGUUCUGUACAACUAUAUCGACACCCAGACGAAGUUCUACGUUGUACCUUGGUUCGGUCUGGCGGGUGUGGUCCUGACCUACCUUUUCCUUCCUGAUACCACUGGUCUUGACCUGAAGGAGCAGGAGCGUCGCUGGGCUUUCAUCCGGUCUGGUCGUGAACACGAGUACCAUGGUCCUGCUGUUCAUCCCAAGCACUUGUCCGUCUGGGAGCGUCUUCGCGGAAAGGGCAAGUACUACGACGCCGAACUCGACUACAAGCAGAAAGUCGAAGAAUUCCGUGCCGAGUGGGAGGCAGCCAUGGCCCGCAAGGUUUCUGAGAACGACAAGGGAGAGGAUCUCGCGUUUGACACCGACGAGUCUCUGCUUGAGGGUCACGUCCACUCUUACUUCCACCGGACCAGCCCCAUGUUCAGGGGUAUGGAGGAAAAGCCCGCCAAGUCGGAUAACUUCGCCCUGCCCCCUGCUGCGCAAGAAGGUGACUCUACUGAUUCUUUCAAUGAGAAGACACAACACUAG